AUGGCGUCAGUUGAAAAAAUCCGGGAGCCACAGCGUGCACAUGGCCCGGCGACUAUACUAGCCAUCGGAACAGCGAACCCAGCAAACUGCAUCUACCAAAAGGACUAUCCGGAUUUCUACUUCCGUGUGACUAAGAGCGAGCACAUGACCGAAUUGAAGGAAAAGUUCAAGCGCAUAUGCGAGAAAUCAAGGAUAACAAAGCGUUACUUCCACCUUACUGAGGAGAUUCUAAAGGCCAACCCAAACAUGUGCAAGUACAAGGCUCCAUCUUUGAAUGCACGUCAAGAUAUCGUAGUCACUGAGGUUCCCAGCCUCGGCAAGGCAGCAGCCUUGAAAGCUAUCGAAGAAUGGGGCCAACCCAUCUCAAAAAUCACGCACCUUGUAUUCUGCACAAUGACUGGAAUCGACAUGCCCGGUGCAGAUUAUCAGCUCACCAAGCUCCUCGGCCUGAAUUCAUCAAUAAAUAGAUACAUGAUCUACCAACAAGGUUGUCAUGCCGGUGGGACAGCCCUUCGACUUGCCAAGGAUCUUGCCGAGAACAAUGCAAGUGCACGUGUGCUUGUGGUGUGUUCAGAGAACACGACGAUGCUUUUCAAUGGGCCAUCUGAAACCCACCUAGACAUUUUGGUAGGCCAAGCAAUUUUUGCAGAUGGCGCAGCUGCAGCAAUUAUCGGUGCCAAUCCUGAUAACUCGAUUGAGCAUCCACUAUUCGAAAUAGCAUGGGCUAGACAGUCGAUUGUCCCUGGUUCAGAGGGCGCAAUUGUUGAUCAUAUACGUGAAAUGGGCAUCUCGUUGUAUUUAGCUAGAAAUUUACCCAAGUUGGUUGGUAGCAACAUUAAGAACAACAUGGCUGAAGCAUUUACCCCGAUUGGAAUAAAGGAUUGGAACUCCUUGUUUUAUGUGGUUCACACUGGUGGCGCGGCUAUUCUUGACCAAAUACAAGAAAAUCUUGGUCUAAAAGAGGACAAACUUAGGGCAAGUCGGCAUGUUCUGAGCAAUUACGGGAACGUGGGCAGUCCAUGUGUGCUAUUUAUCCUUGAUGAGGUGAGGAAGAAGUCUUUGGAGGAAGGAAAGACCACAACAGGAGAUGGGUUGGAAUGGGGGGUUCUGUUUGGGUUCGGACCGGGUCUCACAGUGGAGGCCGUUGUGUUGCAUAGCAUCCCAAUACGCGAGAAAACAACGACAAAAAAACGUUACUUCCAUCUCACUGAAGAGAUUCUGAAAGAGAACCCAAGCAUGUGCAAGUAUGGGGCCCCAUCUUUGGAUGCACGCCAAGAAAUGGUGGUUCCUGAGGUACCUAAGCUUGGAAAAGAAGCAGCAUUGAAGGCAAUCCAAGAAUGGGGGCAACCGGUCUCAAAGAUCACACACCUUGUUUUCUGCACAUCUUCGGGCGUGGACAUGCCUGGGGCAGAUUAUCAGCUCACCAAGCUUCUUGGCCUCAAUCCAUCCGUCAACAGGUACAUGAUCUAUAAACAAAACUCCUAUGCUGGAGGGACUGCCCUUCGAAUAGCCAAGGAUCUUGCAGAGAACAAUGCUGGUGCACGUGUUCUUGUCGUGUGCUCAGAAAUUGUGGCCAUGUUUUUUCAUGGACCCUCGGAAAACCAUCUAGACAUUUUGAAAAGCCAAGCACUUUUUGCAGAUGGUGCAGCAGCUGUUAUUGUUGGGGCCAAUCUUGAUACCUUGACUGAACAUCCACUGUUUGAGCUAGUUUGGGCUAGCCAGGCAAUUGUCCCAAAUACAGAAGGUGCAAGUGUUGGAUAUUUACGUGAAAUGGGCGUCACAUUCCAUUUAUCUGAAACUUUGCCCUACGUGAUUGGUAGCAACAUCGAGAAUAGCAUGGCUACAGCAUUUAGCUCAAUCAGCGGCGGCAUAAGUGAUUGGAACUCUUUGUUUUACGUUGUUCAUCCUGGUUUGGGGACGAUUCUGGAUCAGAUCCAAGAAAAUCUGGGUUUGAAAGAGGACAAACUCAAAGCAAGUUGGCAUGUUCUAAGCGAGUAUGGGAACAUGUUGGGUCCUAGCGUGUUGUUUGUGCUUGAUGAGAUGAGGAAGAAAUCCAAGGAAGAAGGAAAGAAAACAACAGGAGAUGGGUUGGAAUGGGGAGUCUUGUUUGGGUUCGGUUCAGGUCUCACAGUGGAGACUGUUGUGUUGCAUAGUAUCCCCAUAAUUACGCCUCCCUGUGGUAGUGCUACUUCAUGAAAGUGGGUUAAAUUAAUUCUCAAAAUUGAUCAUGCAGUGAUCUGAAUGUGUUUUAAUAAGAUGGUUAGCCUUGUAAUAUGUCAACAAGGUGUAUGAUCUAGCACUUUUUUUUUUUUUUUUGUUAUCGUGAGAAUAAGUUUGGCCAAGUAAUUCUUGUACUUGU